AUGCCGGUAAAAGGAAUUCGAACAGUAGCUGCUGCUAGGAACGGCGUGGGCGCCUUCAUCCUGCAGUGCAAGCGCCUUGACUUCCACUACUGCGACUGGGCGGGCAGUUCUCGGGGAAUGCUGGCGUUCUUGAAACACUCCCUCCCAGCUUUCGCGCAAGAAAACCCUCAGAUCGAGAUCCGAGUUUCACCACGACCUCACAAGCACCCGAUCAUCAAGGGCCACUAUAUCAACGGACGUGAGAAGGCGAUUUGUGUGCGGAACCUCGAACCCGAACAAGUCUUCCAGAAGGCCAAUCUGUUGAAGCAGGCCAGUGGCGAGAAGUUGAAGCGCACCAAGAAGCCCGUUACGAGUAUCAACGACAGUGUGCGUGGCAUCUGGUCUCCUUACCAUGGAGACCUCCGGUCGGUUUGA